GGUGAUUGGCUAUUCUAUGACUCCACCCACCCUUGACAGCCACAAAGAAGACCUUGUGAUCCAAGCAGAUGAAACAUUGACCAUUACAUGCAGGGGUCAGCGUACUCUGUCCUGGGUGUGGCCUGAGAGAACCCUGGUGGGAGAGGAGCUGACUGACCGUCAGGCCGGCCCCAGACCCAGCAGAGCCCCAGGGGGAGAGGAGCUGACUGACCGUCAGGCCGGCCCCAGGCCCAGCAGAGCCCCAGGGGGAGAGGCCGACACUAGGGCUGUAGCCCCUGUUGGUACCCCUGGGGCUGGGGCUGGAGUCGGGGGAGACCACCCCGUGGCCAGGGAUGGGGCUGUAACCCCUGAUUCUGUCCCUGUCCAGAGAAGAGCGGUCCGGAUCCUGGAGUGUCAAGGGGAGCCUGGAAGGCCGUAUUGCAAGACCCUGGUACUCACUGGAGCUAAAGGGAAUGAUACGGGAUCCUACCGCUGUUACUACAGGGACAUCAAGGCUGUCAUCGACGGGACCACGGCUGUUACUCUGUAUGUGUUUGUCAGAGAUCUGGAGCAGCCUUUCCUCAGGAGAAACAGAGGAAGCAACGAUGACCUGGAGACCAUCUUCAUAACAGGAUCCUCCACUCACAUCACAGUACCUUGUCUAGUCACUGUCCCCGACCUCAACGUCACACUUUAUCUGUUGGGGACGAUGCCUAUGCCCCUGGAGGAUGAGGGGAUGGCGUGGGACAGUAAAAGAGGCUGGUCCAUCCCUAGACAGACCUUAGACUCUAGACCUUUCCUCAUCGGGUUUUACUGCCUAGCUACACUACAAGGGAUAGAGUACCGCUCUAUCCUGUACCUGGUGCACUCCACAGGAAGUCAGGUUUACGACAUCAAGCUGUAUCCAGAGGACUCGGUGGAGCUGAUCAUGGGGGAAGCCCUGACGCUCAACUGUACCGCCACCGUAGAGUUUGACACGCCCGUCGUGUUCCAGUGGUCCUAUCCUGGAAAACAGAUGAACAGUACAGUGGGCAUAGUGCACAAGCGUAAUUCUCUCUCUCGGUUCACGGAGGCAGUCAGCAUCCUGACCAUCCAAAGCGUCAACGUCACCGACACCGGCACCUACACCUGCUCUGCCAUCAGUGUGGGGAAAACACUGGAUCUGGCAACCCAAGUCAUAGUGCAUGAGAAGCCAUUCAUCAGCCUAGACUACAGGAGCGGCCCGGUCAUCGAGGCAACAUUAGGACAGAAGUCCUUUAAACUGUUAGUCAAGGUGUCAGCAUACCCCACACCUGACAUACAGUGGUAUAAAGGUGAUAAGUUGAUCAGCCGUCGUCCAGAGUUCAACAGGAUGCGUCUCCAUCAGCACCAUGCCUUAGAGAUCAGAGACGUUCACCCUGAGGAUGCUGGGAACUACACCGUCCUCCUCAAGAACACCGCCGCCCUGCUGGAGAGGAGACUCACCAUCACACUCAUCGUCAAUGUUCCCCCUCAGAUCCAUGAGAAGGAAAUAGCAACACCCUCUAACCCAUAUCGCCAUGGCAGCAGACAGACCCUCACCUGUACAGGGUACGGACGCCCCGCCCCCAACAUCACCUGGCAAUGGAGGGCAUGGAGUCCCUGUGGCCUCAACAGCACCCAACGCCUGAGUCGGAGGGAUCGUAAGGGGCAUAGCGACCGCAUCACAGACUGUCAGAACUGGCAGGACCUGGACUCAGAGAACAGCGGUAAUAAAAUAGAGAACAUCGAGACGUCAGUCGAGGUGGUGGACGGAAGGCAGAAGAUAGUCAGCAGACUUGUGAUCCAGAACGCCAGUGUAUCAGUCAUGUAUAAAUGUUCUGCUGACAACAAAGUGGGUAAAGACCAAAGGCUGAUAUACUUCUAUGUGACCAAAGGCUUCAGUGUAGAGCUGGGUCCGUCUGAGGAACCUCUGGAGCAGGAGGAGGUGUCGCUAAGCUGCAUCGCUGACAACUACACCUACGAACAGCUCACCUGGUACAGACUGGACCCACAGGCGCUCCAGGAUGAGCGUGGUAAACCCCUGGAGCUGGACUGUCGUAGUGUCCAUCUGUACGCUGACCGCCUGGACGGACAACUGACCUAUCAGGAGCCGUCUAACAGCUGGGUCCUGGAGAUGACUAUACCUAGCAUCACGCUGCAGGAUGAAGGGAACUAUGUCUGUGAGGUUCAGAGUAGGAGGAGCCGAGAGAAACACUGUCUACGCAAAUACAUAUCGGUUAAAGCUCUAGAAGCCCCCCGGUACAGACACAACCCGACCAAUCAGACAGUGAACGUCAGUGAGUCUCUCCUGAUGGAGUGUGAUGUAGUGGGAACUCCUUCACCACACCUCUCCUGGUUCAAAGACAACCAGCCCCUGCACCAAAUGUCAGGACUGCAGCUGCAGGACGCCAACAGGACGUUGAGUAUCCAGCGUGUCAGUGAAGAGGACGCUGGUCUCUACACCUGCACCGCCUGUAAUCAGAGAGGCUGCAUACACUCCUCCGCUGCCGUCACAGUGCUGGGUUCCAGUGACAGGGCUAACUUGGAGAUCGUGAUUCUGAUCGGGACGGGUGUCAUCGCUGUGUUCUUCUGGGCUCUACUCAUCCUCAUCUUCUGCAACGUCAAACGGGUGAACCCAGCAGACAUAAAGACAGGCUAUCUGUCCAUCAUAAUGGACCCAGGGGAGGUUCCUCUGGAUGAGCAGUGUGAAUAUCUCGCCUAUGACUCCUCCCAGUGGGAGAUAUCUAUGGACAAACUACGACUAGGGAGGGUGUUGGGUCAUGGUGCGUUUGGGAAGGUCAUCGAGGCCUCCAUCUAUGGCAUCAGCAAGAACAGCAGCCUGGACACUGUGGCGGUGAAGAUGCUGAAAGAGGGAGCGUGUGCCAGUGAGCACAAGGCUCUGAUGUCAGAGCUGAAGAUCCUGAUCCACAUUGGGAACCAUCUUAACGUGGUCAACCUCCUGGGGGCAUGCACCAAACCCAACGCCCCCCUCAUGGUGGUGGUGGAGUACUGCAAGUAUGGAAACCUGUCCAACUACCUGAGAGCCAAGAGAGAGUUCUUCCUACCUUACAGGGACCGCUCCCCGAAGACUCAGAGCCAGGUGAGACGCAUGAUAGAGGCGGGACAAGUGGAGCAGAGAGCCCGCCUCCCACCUUCCUCCUCCUCCUCUAUUGGCAGCCCCCAGAGUCAGUCAUCCAGCAAGUCCAAUCAGAAGAGCCACUCGCCUGCUGUGGAGAAGAUGGAAGACCUAUGGAAGACUCCUCUCACUAUAGAAGAUCUGAUCUGCUAUAGUUUCCAGGUGGCCAGAGGAAUGGAGUUCCUGGCCUCACGAAAGUGUAUCCACAGGGACCUGGCAGCGAGGAACAUUCUACUGUCAGAGAACAAUGUGGUGAAGAUCUGUGACUUCGGCCUGGCUAGAGACAUCUACAAAGACCCCGACUACGUCAGGAAAGGCAACGCCCGUCUGCCACUGAAAUGGAUGGCUCCAGAGAGUAUCUUUGACAAGGUCUACACCAGCCAGUCUGACGUCUGGUCCUUUGGUGUUCUACUCUGGGAGAUCUUCUCUCUGGGUGCGUCUCCGUACCCAGGUGUACAGAUCGAUGAGGACUUCUGUAAACGUCUAAAAGACGGAACCAGGAUGAGAGCUCCAGAAACAGCUUCCCCUGAGAUCUAUGGUAUAAUGCUGGCCUGCUGGCAGGGCGAGCCCCGGGAGAGACCUACCUUCCAAGCCCUGGUAGAUAUCCUGGGAGACCUACUACAGGACAGCAGCCUUCCAGAUGGUAAGGACUACAUCCCCCUGAAUCCGUCCCAGAGCUCUGAGGAUGACAGUUUAUUUCACACCUCAUCACGACCCGAUUCACAGGAGGAACUGAGACUGGCCUGUCACAGCAUGCCCAUCAGGUAUUAUAAUUGUGUGCCCUUCGCGGGCUGUGUGUUCGUGGGGCCGUCGAAGCUGUCGUCAUGCCAACCCAGAGUCAAGACAUUUGAGGAGCUACCGAUGGAAAUGACCUGGCAUAAAUCUCACAACAACAGUGACAACCAGACAGACAGUGGGAUGGUUCUGGCGUCAGAGGAGUUUGAGAUGAUCGAACACAAACACAGAGGAGCCAAUAGGAGUACAGAGCGCCUGGUGAUGGUAGAGUCCAGUGGUAGCUCCGUUAUCUCCAGACACCAACCAGCCUUCCUCUCUCAGCUCUCUGGACAGACCUUCUACAACAACGAGUAUGGUCAGCUGUCUGAGGAAGGCAGGGUCCUGGACUUCUUCUCCUCCCCUGACGAUGCACGCUGCCUUGCAUCCUCCAACCUGUGAUGUCAUCAUCACAGUGGGCUAGCCCCUCCUCCUCCAACCUGUGAUGUCAUCGUCACAGUGGGCUAGCCCCUCCCACUCCAACCUGUGAUGUCAUCAUCACAGUGGGCUAGCCCCUCCCACUCCAACCUGUUAUUGACUACAGUGGGCUCCAAUAUUAUGGAAUCCAAACUGAAUAUCGCUGUUUCACUAAAUGAGCGCUAUUCAGUUCGGAUUCCAGUCUUGCUAGCCACAAGGGUUGGGAGUAUAUUGUAGUGUUCUCAAUCCCCCCUCCUCCUUGCUGUCACUCCUUCCCUCUCCGUGGCCUACCGGACUGAGCCGUCUGUACCUGCAGUUCUCUAACCAGCCACUGGGUGGUAGUAUUAUGUCAAAACCAAACCCAACGUAUUUUAUAUCAACCACAGUUCAGAUUUAUAUCUUUAUACAGAGUAAGCUUUUGUUUAUUGGUACAAAAAUAUGAAAAUAAAGAAAUAAAUCUUCUUUA